AAAUAACCUACUCGAUCAUCAUUCGUUGAAACCACAAAUCUCUAUCCCCUAGUGCGCGCUUUGUGAGAAACACAAGUAAGCAAUGGCAGGACGUCCGUACACCUCCCUCCUGCUGCUGCUUUCUCUGCUUCUUCUAGUCACACUCUCUCCUGUGGCUGAGGCUUACACCAAGCUUCGUCCUCAAGAUUGCAAACCAAAAUGUACGUAUCGGUGCUCGGCGACAUCGCACAAGAAGCCAUGCAAGUUCUUCUGCGAAAAGUGCUGUGCCAAAUGCCUUUGUGUACCUCCAGGAACUUACGGCCACAAGCAAGUAUGCCCUUGCUACAACAACUGGAAGACCCAAGAAGGAAAACCCAAAUGCCCUUGAUUCAAAUUCCUUCUGCGGCCCCAAAAUUAGUAGUAAUAAAGCAUACAAUUGCUUCCAUUUCUGCCAUUAAUUAAAGUCUAGUUUUAUGAAUCAAUUAUGGCAGCAAUUAUUGUUUUCAAUUAAUUACCGCUUUAGUGUUUGCUACCCUCUAGGCUGUAGAUGAUCCAUCUUACACCCGAUUAGGCGGUGCAAUAUAUUGUGGCUUUAUUAUUUUUUCUUUAUAACUUUUGUAACUUCUAUAAAAAUGAAAAUAGAGAAAUUUGUUGGGAUCUGCUUAGCUUCCUUUA